AUGGCAAUACAUCGAUGGUUUCUUAAGCUGCAUUCAAUCUUUAUUAUUUUAGUUGCAACUUAUGUGCUAGCACCUGUACCAAAUUGGAUAUUCUCAAAAUGCUCAGCAAACGAUGAUUAUUAUUUAUCAAGCAAUUCUAAUAGCGGAUAUAAAGACUUUGGUCAAUUUUUGACCUCCAUCUUUAUUGUCACCGGAGUUUGUCUUCCGAUCGUUCUUGCGCACGCAUCAGUGAUACCGGUUCCCGCCAUGUUUAUGAGUAUCGGAGGUGUUAUUGCCUAUUCGACGUUUUUCGCUAAUGAAGGCGAAGAUUUUUAA